ACUUUCAACCCGGAACUGUGGAGCAGAUCAUUCAAUCGGCUUGGCUACAGCGUAGGCUUUGGCAAAACUUUUUUUUUUUUUUUUUUUUUUUUUUUUUUACCCGUAGUUUUGCUGGAGCGCAAAAAAAAAGAGAAAGAAAUAGCGAUUCGUGAGCAAAUCGAACAGGAGAUAAUAGAAAGCCACUGUGAACAGGUAUCUGACUGGGAGCUCUUCUGUCUUCCACGGUGAGCCAGAGCAGGGCCGAGGACACACGCUGACACUGCUGCCUCACCAUGCCUCCCCAGAAGGACAUUGUGAAGAUCGCUAUCCAGAUGCCUGGGGCUUACCCCCAGCUCAUCGACCUGGACCAGAAAAAACCACUGUCAACAGUAAUAAAAGAAGUUUGUGAUGGAUGGAACAUCAGUGCCCCUGAAAAACAUGCCCUGCAGUAUACUGAUGGGAUCCAGACCUACAUCACUGAAUCGAAUCGCUUGGAUAUCAAGAAUGGCAGUAUCCUGCGACUCACCACUGCCCCGGGUCGCUGUGCUGAUCAGCUGUACACAGGGAUCCAGAACUUGAACGCUGACGUCAAGUGCGACUCCCUGAAGCAGCUGGCUGGCAUCUCCACGGAUGUGACCUUCGCCCAGGAGUUCAUUAACCGGGACGGGCAUGCCCUGCUGGUGGACAUCGUGGAGAGGGGCAGAGAUCCUCCUGAGGUACUGGCUCAUGCGUUGAAAGCCUUCAUGGAGCUGAUGGACCACGGGAUCGUCUCCUGGGAGAACCUGUCAGCUGUCUUCAUCAAAAAGAUCGCUGGCUAUGUGAGCCUCAAGGCCGUGGACUCAUCUGUGCAGCAGCUGUCCCUGGCUAUCCUGGAGAGCAUGGUCCUGAGCAGCAGCAGCCUGUUCGAGCAAGUGCAGCAGGAGGUCACGCUGGAGCAGCUCAUCGCACACCUGCAGGUUCAGAAUCGUCAGAUUCAGACGAAGGCCAUGGCCCUGCUCAUAGCUCUGCUGCAGACCGCUGGGGACGGGAAGAAACGGGAAAUGGUUGAAUUUCUAGGAAAGAAAAGCCUGCGGCAGUACAUUAACAAGAACAUUAUCCACACCUCGGGAGCCUUUGGGGACGAGAUGGCUCAUUACCUGUACGUGCUGCAGUCCGUGACCCUUAAUACCCUGGAGCCCAAGAUGAGGACCCCUUUGGACCCCUCCAGUCAGGAGCAGCGAGACAUGCUGCACGGGCUGAGACAGCUGGCGUUCGAGUCUGACAGCGAGGCCAGUCUGACCACCGAGAAGAGACGCUCUCUGUGCGCCAAGGAGUUCAAGAAACUGGGCUUCUCUAACAACAGUAACCCGGGCCUGGACCUGAACCGCACCCCUCCUGGACUGCUGGCCCUGGAAACCAUGGUCUACUUUUCCUCGCGGUACCCCAACGCAUACAGCAGGUUUGUGUUGGAGAACAGCAGCCGAGAAGAUAAACACGAGUGCCCGUUCGCCCGGGGCAGCAUCCAGCUCACCCUGGUCCUGUGUGAGAUCCUGCGCAUCGGAGACCCUCCCUCAGAGACCGGGCAGGACUAUUAUCCCCUCUUCUUUGCUCAGGAUCGCCUCCUGGAGGAGUUGUUCUGUAUCUGCAUCCAGCUGCUGAACAAGACGUGGAAGGAAAUGAGGGCCACGCAGGAGGACUUUGACAAGGUGAUGCAGGUGGUGAGGGAGCAGAUCACGAGGACGCUGUCCAGCAAGCCCACCUCCCUGGACCUCUUCAAGAACAAGGUGAACGCCCUGAACUACAGCGAGAUCCUGAAGCUGAGGCAGAACGAGCGGCUUCACCAGGAGGAGACCCUCGCCCCACCCGUCCUGGAGCUGAAGGAGAGGCUGAAACCGGAGCUGCUGGAGCUGAUCCGCCAACAGCGGCUCAACCGGCUGUGCCAUGGGACUCUGUUCAGGAAGAUCAGCAGCCGUCGGAGACAAGACAAGCUGUGGUACUGCCGCCUGUCGCCCAAUCACAAGGUGCUGCACUAUGGGGAUGUGGAUGAGGAGAGCCAGACCCCGCCCAUAGAGACCCUGCAGGAGAAGAUUCCUGUGGCUGACAUUAAAGCACUACUGACUGGCAAGGACUGCCCACACAUGAAGGAGAAGGGCUCUGGAAAGCAGAACAGGGAAGUCCUGGACCUGGCUUUCACCAUUACUUAUGAUUUGGAGGAGUACCACUUGAAUUUUGUUGCAUCAUCAAGGAGUGACUUCUGCCUGUGGACGGAUGGCCUGAAUGUCCUCCUGGGGAAGGACAUGACCAGCGAGUGCACGCAGAGCGAGCUGGACAUCCUGCUGUCCAUGGAGAUCAAGCUGCGCCUGCUGGACCUGGAGAACAUUCCCAUCCCCGACGCCCCCCCGCCCGUGCCCAAGCCCCCCAGCAACCUCCACUUCUGCUACGACUUCAGCCAGACCGAGCAGUAGAGGAGGAGGGGAGGAGACUGCACUGAGUAAAUAUUACUAUCCACACCUAGGGAUUCAUCCAUCACAGAGUCCCAUCCCUUCAAACCACUAGAGCGAAUGGGAACAGUUCAUCUUUACAGAGACUUGGUGCAGGGUCGACAGGACUCUUCUCUGAUUGAUGAUAGGCAGCUGAUGUGUCAAAAUUGUUGAUGGAGGCAUUGCCGACCCAAGGGGGAGAGCCCCCUGUAGAAGAGUGGACAUUAUUGAUAACUCCACUCCCGUCAGCACAGUCACAGUGUAGCUGUAACUCACGACAGCUCAAAGGUACAGGAUGGUACUAACAGAAUCCCUCUCACAGGGGGACGGCCAGAAAUUUACUUCCCUAUAAGUAGCAGGAUGUAUUAUUAUAAAAUUGUUAAGCUUUUAUUUAGCCUGUUAUGCAUAGUCUAAAAAGGGCACGUAACUCGUAUUAACAUGGCACGUUUACUGCGUUUUUUUUUUUCUAUAACCCGAGGGGGAAGAGGAAACUGCUGUCCUGCUGUUUCACUCGCACUGAGCUACAUGACUGACUACUAGAGCAAUGGGCUGACUCCAUGGCUAAUAUUGUAACCAGGCAGUCUAACUGUUUGCUGCGUUGGUUCAAUUCUGUGGCAUAUGUUUCAGCACCUGUCUAAGAUUCUGUACUCAAGAUGUACCCCGCAUUGUACACUCUGUAGCUGUGACACAUUCGCCCUAAUGUUACCCCAUCAAAGGAAAUCUGUACUGUCCAUAUUAACACGCACCUCAAAGAAAAAAAAAAAAACUGAUAGAAGAUUUGCAUUAAUGAAUGUAGAAAUUUGAAAAUCUAAACUGUUUGACCUACUGACCCGCAGCCUCACAUCGGUUUAAACCCAGUUUUCUGAUUGGAUCAGCAUUGUGACAUCAUGGAGCUGAAGUACAGUCAGGCUGUCAGCUUUUGCUGUCUGUCUUGCUGUACCCCCCCCCCCCCCCCCCCCCCCCCCCCGACCGCAGUGCAGCUACGGAUCAUUCAAAACAUUUUACAUUGUUAACCAGUACACCAUUUAGCUGCCAAGACGGUACACAAGCACCAGAUAUAUUUUGUAUAAUAUAGAACGACCUCCCGUUUGAACAUGGUACUGACUUCUUUUUUAACUCUUUGGAUUUUUAUUUUUCUAAUUACUUUAAACAAACAAACAAAAAAAGAAACACACAAUGCCCCAUCUCUGUUGCCUCAGAGCUUUUUCUGACCACUGUUGUCUUGUGUGUAUGACGGUACGUUCCUCGCCACACAAAAUAUUCAGUCUGGAUUAACUUCACAUUUGUUUCCAAUUCUCUUUUCAACCAGGCAUAUUGGGGUGUCUCAAAUGUUUUGUAAGUCACAUUUUGUUAUGUGCAUUUCAAAAAGUGAGAUUGUUAUUGAUAUUGAUACUAAAAAAUAUGUGUGUAUGAAUAUCUAUCUGUCUAUCUAUCUAUCUGUCUAUCUAUCUAUCUAUCUAUCUCUUGCCUAAUUCUGCAUGGAAAAAAUGUUGAAAGCUUAAAGUUAAUAAGUAACUUUUAUUUAGAUUAAAACUGUGUGUGAACUCUAUGGAGUUUGGCAAGUUGCCCUGCCAAAAAACAUAUAUGCAUUAUAAGAUAGAUACAUAGAUAGG